AUGACAGACGUUUCAUCUGGCAUCUGCACAAAACUCUUCUUCAAUCCAACUAGAUUCAUCGCAGGUUACGACGCUGUCAACAAUAUUGUCUACGCGCCAGUAUCGCCUGGAGUGACUGGCACUUCAGAUCUCCUCAUUGAGGACUUUGGAAAGUCGAUUGAGCGCUAUGUUACAUUUGGCAAUCUCAUGACAGGCGUGGCUUAUGGCGCCUACGAUAAGCACUCUCAGACCUACUACAUGGUUAUCAACUCGGACUACGAAAUGCCUGGCUUCACACUUGCCAAGUACUCCAUUGUUCACAAUAACUUCACACUCCAUAAUCUCACAUUCGACUUCCCUCUUCCAUCAGUCAAGGAAGUGUUUGUGUACAAUUCCAUUGUGUACGUUGGCGUCCAUUCGGUUGCCGAUAGCUACUAUGGCCCUAUUUCAUUUGGCGUGGCCAACCUCGACACCAAUGAGGUCAAAGUGAUCUUCCAUAUUGACAAUGCCUUCACCUAUCAGGGCAACAUGUGCACGUUCACUCUCGAUCACCAAUCUGGAUACCUCCUAGUACUGACAACCUUCCAAGUACAAGGGGAAUUCACUGAAUACUUCAUCAACCUCGAGACCUACGAGGUAACAACACAUGUAGUCUCCUGGCCGGCGGACAAAUACACUCCCUGGAUGUGCUUUGCUUCGUAG